GCACAUCAUCCAGUCCGAGUCUCUACCGAUCACCCAUCACCGAUUACGAUGAAUCCUCUGCGCACUCUCUGCCUGAUGGCCUGCCUGGUGGCAGCAUCGAUGGCCAACUCCAACACGGGAUCCUCGAGCCGCCACCGCUCCAACUCUCUGAGCAACAUCGAUCAGCCCAGCAACUGGGUGAAUCCUCGUGAGAUUGAGGAGCUGCCCUCCCUGAAGGAGGUGAAUCUGCGCCAGCUGCAGGAGAUGAGCCUCGAGGAGGGUGCCACUCUCUUGGACAAGCUCUAUCAUCUGUCCCAGUUCAAUAACGUGUUCAAGCCCGAGUACACCCCUACGCCCAGCCAGAUCAAGGGCUUCAUCGUGGGCGAGCGCGGCCAGAAGGUCGAGUUCAACCUGAACAACCUGGUCCAGACGGUGAAGCGUCAGCCCAACUUUGGCGACGAUGAGGUGACCAUCUUCAUCCAGGGCCUGCCCCAGAGCUCGUCGCAGGUGCGCAAGGCCACCAGCAAGCUGGUGAGGGCCUACCAGCAGCGGUACAACCUCCAGCCCUAUCCCAGCCAGCAGUCGACCAGCGAGGAGCAGCAGAAGUCCAGCAGCGAGGAGCAGCAGCAGCAGCGCCGCAAGCAGAGCCAGGAGCAGGAUGACACCAAGACCGGAGACCUGAUCGUGAUCAAUCUCGGCGAUGCCAUCGAAGACUUUGAGCAGUACGCCACUCUCAAUGUGGAGCGCCUCGGCCAGCAGAUCGGCAACUGCCUCGUGGAGCUGACCAACGCCGUGAACGUGCCCCAGGAGAUUAUCCAUCUGAUUGGACAGGGACCCGCCGCCCAUGUUGCUGGAGUUGCCGGACGCCAGUUCACCCGCCAGACCGGACACAAGCUGCGCCGCAUCACCGGCCUGGACCCCUCCAAGAUCUACGGCAAGCCCGAGGAGAAGCUCAGCGGCCUGGCCCGCGGCGAUGCCGACUUUGUCGACGCCAUCCACACCUCCGCCUACGGCAUGGGAACUCCUGAGCGCCUGGCCAAUGUCGACUUCUACCCCAACGGACCAUCGACCGGUGUUCCCGGCGCCGACAACGUUGUUGAGGCCUCCAUGCGCGCCACUCGCUACUUCGCCGAGUCCGUCCGCCCUGGAAACGAGCGCAACUUCCCCGCCGUCGCCGCCUGCUCGUACAAGGAGUACAAGCAGAAUAACGGCUAUGGCAAGCGCACCUACAUGGGCAUCGCCACCGAUUACGAUGUCCAGGGCGACUACAUGCUCCAGGUGAACUCCAAGAGCCCCUUCGGCCGCAGCACUCCCGCCCAGACCCAGACCGGCUACCACGCCGUCCAUGAGGCCUGGAGGCAAUCCGCCCAGGGUCAACGCCAGGGACUCCGCCAAUAG